CUCGCUUCGUUCGACAGAAGCCUCGUGCGCGACGCCGUCCGCUUGCGAGCGGGCACGGCGCGCUUGGAUGCACGUGUAGCGAUGCGCACUGACACGUCGCACACGCGCAGCCACCGCACGACGGUCCCGUUCUCGCUGUCGUCGUUCGAGAUUGGCAAGCCGCUCGGCAAGGGCAAGUUUGGCCGCGUCUACAUGGCCCGCACAAAGGCCGAGCCCAAGUACAUCGUCGCCCUCAAGUGCCUCCACAAGGAGGAGAUCAUCAAGAACAAGGUCGAGAAGCAGGUCCGCCGCGAGAUCGAGAUCCAGUCGCACCUCGCUCACCCCAAUAUCCUGCGCCUGCACGGCUACUUCCACGACGAGCGCCGCAUCUUCCUCAUCCUCGAGUUUGCCGGCAAGGGCGAGCUGUACCGCUCGCUGUCGCGCACGGGCAAGUUCAGCGAGAAGCGCGCCAGUCGGUACAUCGCCCAGAUGGCCGACGCGCUCGCGUACCUGCACGCCAAGCACGUCAUCCACCGCGACAUCAAGCCCGAGAACAUCCUCAUCGGCGUCAACGGCGACCUCAAGCUCGCAGACUUUGGCUGGAGCGUUCACGCGCCGGGCAACAGGCGCACGACGCUGUGCGGCACGCUCGACUACCUCCCGCCCGAGAUGGUCGAGAACAAGGAGCACACGACGGCCGUCGACCUGUGGGCGCUCGGCGUCCUCACGUACGAGUUUGUCGUCGGCACGCCGCCGUUUGAGGACAUGAGCGGCCACGCCGGCACGUACCGCAGGAUCACGAGGCUCGAGUACACGAUCCCGCCGAGCGUGAGCCCAGAGGCCGCCGACCUUGUGCGCAAGCUCCUGCGCCUCAACCCGCUCGACCG